UGUUGGAUACAGAUUUUCUCCCUAGCUUUUGUCCCCAGCAUGCUCCAGCCUCUUUUCCCUGAGUCAAGCGAGGUCAGGCUGUCUUUCAUAAUUCAGGCCUUGAAUAUGUUUGCUGAUAAUUCAGUCUAAAAAUUCAGGCAUCUUUUCUUAUUGAGUUGCCUCGCAUACCUUGAACUCGGAAGUGACAUCAAGUCUGGUGGAAAAAAGAAGCUUUCUUUGCAUCCAAGUCUAUUAAUUUAUCUAUGUGGGUCAAACUCUAAAGCUGCUGAUGGAAUGAGGGAAGUAAGAGGGAAUAAUUGUGAACUUAGUUCAGUAGUUGUGGGUAAUUGAGUUCUUAGUUGUGGCCUUCUAUGUUAUUUACAGUCUUUCUGGGAAACAUUCUAUGUUUGGUCAGAAUCUGCACUAUUUUAUAAUAAUUCUGAAUAAUAAUUAAUGUAUUUUAGUGUGUUUGCUUUCUUGAGCCGCACCUUUACAUCAGGCGACUUCACAGGUAGUUCUGCUCAGGUACUGCCACUUUUCCAGUGUUAAGUCACAGCUGCAACGCUCCCAGGGUUUCCCUUUCGCUCCAUUUAUCCCUAACCUCUGUGAGGAAUUCCGUAGUGUCUGAGACUUCUGGCUUGGGGCCAUCGAUAGCUUGGUAAGAGGCUUCCUAUUGCAAUUCCCUUCCCACCCCUUGUCCUUUUCUCCCUCUCUUGUUUUUCCAGCACUUUUCUAUCCAUUUCACUCCCCCGUUUGCUAUUUGAGAUCACACAACUCUCUUGGCAGGUGGCUGCUCUUGGCCAUACCUUUCAUUGGAACAAUCAACAGUUUACUUGGGCUGGCUCUCAGUUUUUGCUGUCUCCUAUUUUCUUUUUCCAUGAGAUUGUUUUUGGGGGAGAGGAUAAAGCUAAUCAUUAGGGGCACUACAGAUAAUACUAGAUUAAAGUGAAUUUAAUUUUUCAGAAGAACAUUAAUUGUGGAGAUGGCUUGUACAGUCUGUUCUCUAUGAACUAUACAAAGAAAAAAUUUCCAGAGAAGGAGGGAUGAUGAGAAAGCAGCGGGGGUGGGACAAGUAAGUCAUAGAGAUAUAAGAGUGAAGUAAGCAGAAAGGGGGGAUGAUGGAGGAAAAGAGAGAGAGAAGCAGAGAGGCCCUGUGGAGGUGGAGUGGAAACUAAUGUUUCCUGUCUAAAAAGGCGGUUGGCCAAGGCAGAGGGGAGCAGGAAAAAAUCCCUCAGCUUCUGUGGCAAGUCAGAGGCCCUGGGCUGCACCCAUGCUUUCCUUAGAUGAGCCAUUGGACCUGAAGCUGCCCCGAGGGCACAUUAAUGGGCAGAGCAGAGGUUCCAAGUCACCGCCCACUCUUACCUCCUCUCUGGUCCAUACCAAGAGGGUUGGGCUUCUGCCAAUUGCUGAUGGGACAGCGGAUAUUGUUUCAGCCUCCCCUGCCUCCCCCCACAUAGGUGUACCCAUGGUGCCCCAGGAGAAGCCUGAACUCCGUACACCUCCUGCAGUGGACCUCAGUAUGUCUCCGUCCUCUCAUCACACACCCUGUUCCCCCGAGUUCACUAAUGGAAAUGGCUCCUCUCAUUUGUUCUCAGGGCAGGACUCUGCUCACAUCCGUUAUGUUAAGGGAGGGGCCCCUUCACAAGCCUUCCAGUUCUUUUUGCCAAUUGGAGGAGGAGGAGGGCUCCAUCUACCAUCCUCACUGUUUAUUGGCCAGCCCAAGGACAAGAGGGCCUCCCCUGAACUUUCAGCAGACGAACAGUUGUCCUGUCGAUGGAGGAAGUGCCAAUUGCUUUUUGACUCCUUGCAAGAUUUAGUGGACCACGUAAAUGACUUUCAUGUAAAGCCUGAGAGGGAUUCUGGGUAUUGCUGCCAUUGGGAGGGCUGUGCACGCAAAGGGCGGGGCUUCAAUGCAAGGUACAAAAUGUUAAUCCACAUUCGUACACACACCAAUGAGAAGCCGCACCGCUGCCCUACCUGCAACAAGAGCUUUUCACGUCUGGAAAACCUCAAGAUCCACAAUCGUUCACACACAGGUGAGAAGCCCUACAUUUGCCCUUAUGAAGGCUGUAAUAAGCGCUACUCAAACUCCAGUGACCGCUUCAAGCACACCCGUACGCACUAUGUGGACAAGCCGUACUACUGCAAGAUGGCUGGCUGUCUGAAGCGUUACACAGACCCAAGCUCCCUGAGAAAGCACAUCAAGGCACAUGGGCAUUUUGUGGCUUUACAGGAGCAGCAGACAAGCCCAGGAGUGGCAAUCAGAGAGCGAGGAGGGGGCGGGAGCUCACCCAUGCUGAAGCAGUCUCACAUCACAGGGAAAGAGUCUGAGCUGAGCUACGCCCAUAUCAUCCUCCCGAGUGCGGCAGCUGCUCUCCUGGGCACCUCUCUGCCCUUAUCUCCUCUGAGUCCUCGACCCCUGGACCUGAGCAUGCUGGGAAGUCCCAGCUCACCUGUCCUGUCCUUCAAUGGCCUAGCCAAGUCACCACUGCUGCCCCCUGCCUUCUCGACCUCAGCACUUGGCUUGCCUGUGGUGCCUGUGUUGUGCUCAGAUCGCAGAGGACAAGCAAAGGGCAGUUCUAGAGUGAAUGAGGGUGAGGAUGAGAGCCCUAGGGGCAUCCUCAACCUCUCUACAGGAGUGUCCCAUGACCCCUUGUCCUGGGUGGUCAUACCUUCAGGCUCUUUAAUGUUGAAACCAGCUGUGGUCAACUGAGAAGGAUCCCCCAAUCAUUCCAGAGGGAACAAAGGGGGGAACGGGGAAGCACAGGGAUCAAAGGUCAAGGAGCUGAUUUUCUAUUUUCAUAAAUCAACAGCUGUCCACAGUCCUCCGAAGCGACAUAUCUACCCAUUAAUUUCCAGCAUUUCAUUUUAGUUUUGUAUCUGUUCAUUACCAAAGGCACGUUUCCACUGAGGUUCCAAAAUCUUUUAAAGAAACUAUAGGGUUCCAUAACUAUCAUAUUACUGAAUAAGUUCCUGUUUAAUGUUUUCACCGCACUGCAGAACUGUGACCAUAUAAGAAUGACACAACAACAGAGUGAACACAGAGCAAGCUGAGAUUUACAUCAGCCAUUAUUAAUUUUGCCUCACUGUGCAAAUAUAAUAUUAACAAUAAUAUAGCUUUGGAAACCAUCACACAAAUUUGUGUGCUAAACUUGCCAUCCUCAGGCCACUAAAAUGUAUAAAAUGCACUGCCGCAUUUUGUGAAGCACCAUCCUCUGAAUAACAUAACUACAUAACAUCACUAGUUAUAUUUUGAUCUUAAUCAUACAGGGACUUCAUAUAAUUUUAUGUUUUUCAAACAGAAAAAUAUAAGAAUUCCAGGUCCACCAGAGCAACAGGGACAAGCUGGUAUUACCCGGCACUUUUCAAACUACUUGGGCGGUGACCCAGCACUUCAGGCAAUAACAGACAGGUCUGACUCGGUUGAAAAACCAAUCAAAACUUCCAGUUCAGCUGAGGGGUGGGACAUUUCUCCUAAAGGGGAUCUCCUAUGAGUGAUAAAGCGGUAACCACGCUUUGGCGCUCACUGCUGCUUAAUAAUCAUGUGUUGAAUCAGUAUCGCAAAAAUUUCAAUACUUUAAGUGACAGACACACACAUAUUCUAUAUUCUCAAUCAAUUAUAGGACCAUCGAUUAUAUGACCAUUCUACAAAUUACGUAAGUAAGGCUUGCUGGAAAAAUCUUUAGCAAGAGUUACUACAGCAACAGCCUAUUGCGGAAUGUGAACAUGAAUCUUUUGAUUUUUAAAACAUAUUUUACAAUUAGUGCUGUCUCACUUUGUGAACCUUUUUUUUUUUUUUUUUUUUUUUUUUUGUUGCUAUUAUUAGCUGCCUGAGGAGUAAAAUGCAAAAUGGAGAGUGUGGGGUCGAAACAAACUACUCUGAAGUUCAUUAAAAGGUGUGUCGUGGCCUGUUGUAUUAAAAUCAGACCCUUGCUCCAUAUAGCACUAAAAGUAAAAUACAUAGUUAGUUUGCAGUAUUUGUUACAGUACAUGAUGUAUAGUUUAAAUAUUAUUAAUAGUUCAAAUUUUAUUCAAAUAUAAAUUAUUGGUACCUUACAAUUAUUUUUUUUUACACCUCCCCUCAGAAUAACAGCACUGAGUCUAUUCCUACAAUCAUGUUUGCUCCUUUUUUAUGAAAGGUGCCAAUUAUUCUGGAAGACACUGCAAAACACAAUUUACUGUUUGAUUAUUGUUUGUUAUCUAAAUCAGGCUUUUAAAAUCAUGGAUAAAAGGGUAAAUCUGUGAUGCCUUUUGGGACAUUUUGUACAGCAAGCUCCACACUGGUAGUUCCUGGUCCAUAGAGAAGCAUCAUUUCUGAUAUACCGUAUGUGUCUUUCCCUAUUCAAGUAGAUAGGAGCCUGCUCACUGGACUGUUCUGCCACACAGGAAUUAAUAUCUAGGGUGAAAACAUGCUUAAAGUUCAUGAGUUCCUGAAAAACUUUCUCAAAAGAGUCUUGCAGUGGAAACGUAUCUUAUAUGAACAGAGAUAGGGUGUAGAACUUACCAGUGGGCCAAGGACCAUCACAGGCCCUCACUCUUAGUUUUCUUGCUAAUUUUGUUUUUUUUUGUUGUCUGAAAGUACAAACUGGACACUUAAGAAUCUAUACCUGUGUUUCACUAAGCACUCAGCUGUUUCUAUAUAUUUAUAUGUAACAGGCAUCUCUGGACGCCAGUGUGUGCGACACCAUCUUCUGUAAAGAUUCUUAGUUUGACAUCACUCUUUGGUGAACUGUAUAACUGCUUUGAGGGCUUUUCUUCUGAAUAUUUUGAUAAUGCAGGUAAAAUAUUACAUGCAUGGAAUUUUUAUUUAGGCAAUGCCACACUGAUUCAGUCAGCUUUGGCAGAGGAGCUUGGCUGGUAGGUUAAUUAACGUUCAUUUAAUUCAGAGGACAAUCAGUGCAUUUCAUAGGGCUAUUUUAGUAAUACAGAGAUACUGUUCAUUUACCCACAGACAAACCUCUAGAGAGAGCUGCUAUGCUGUCUGGCUAACUGCUAGUCUAGUAUAUUGAACUGAGACUUCAGGUUGGAUACAUGUAUACAUGACAAUCUGUCCUCUUUAAAACAAACAAAAAAAAAAACAGCCAACCAGGACUAUUUACAUGAAGUCAGGUUUGAGUCUGGCUUAAAUUAGAUGGUAACAGACACAAGACUCAGAGCUGAGUUUUAAGAUAGACAAAGGUGUUAUAUUUUGCUUACCACCUCAAUGUAGAUAACCGUGGCACUAAUGCCACCUGUUGGACAUUUGUUUUAACGACCUCGCACACUAUGCUAGCACAGCAUGGCACAGAUAAAUGUUCUUUAACUGACAGCAAAUGUCAGACACACUGUGCAUUACAUAAAACACACAUACAAACACAACUGGUGUGCGGUACAGGCCUCUGGGCCAAAUGUGAUUUUGACACAGAGUGACUCUUGCAGGCAAAUACAACCCCUGGCAAAAAUUAUGGAAUCACCACACAUAGAGGAUGUUCACCCAGCUUUUUGUUUAUUUUUUUUUUUUUUAACUUCGUAGCAAAUAAACAAAUCACAAUUUUUGUUUAAUAGCUGAGCAUUCUGGCUUCGUGAAACGUCCUUCAAAAAAAAGAAAUUACUUUAAUUAAUGGUAUAUUUGUUCCAGGUGAAGUAUACGAUAAGAUAAAAUUAUGGAAUCACUCAAUGUUGAAGGAAAAAUUAUGGAAUCAUCAAAAUAUAAAUCACGAUUAGUACUUUGUUGCUUGUCCUCAGGCUUUUAUGAUGGCCUGAAUUCUUUGAGGCAUGGACUUCACUAAGGAAAAACAAUAUUCUCUAUCAAGCUGAUUCCAACUUUCUCAAAUAGUCGUUGACAAAUCAGCUUUGUCAACUAUUUUUGUCAAAUAGUCUUGUCAUGGACCAGUUUUUUUUUCACAUCCGCCAUAAAUUUUCAAUCAAAUUGAGCUCCGGACUGUUGCUGGCCAUGUCAUUGAGUUGAUUUGCCUUUCCUGAAGAAAAGCUUUAACACUCUUUGCUCUGUGGAAAGGUGUAUUAUCAUCCUGAAAAAUUACUUCAUCACCACCAAACCUAUUUUCUAUUGAUAGAAUGAGAAAAGUGUCCAAAAUUUUUAUGUACACCUGUGCAUUGGCUGUUGAAGUAAUGUGUGCCUAAAGAAAACAAUCAAAUUUCCGUGCUUAUUUAUGAUAUGAGGAUGGACCAGGGGAGACGGCAGUCAUCUUUAUACGUUUCAUUAGAAUGAUACCAUACAAAAGUUCCAGCAUCAUCUCAUUAGCCAAUGCAGAUUUGUGAUUCAUCCCAGAAUAUCAUCCAAUUUCAUCCAAUCAUCCACACUCCAUAAUUGUUUCUCUUGAGCCCAGUGUAACCUUGUUUUCUUCUGUUUAGGUCUUAGUGCUGUUUUGUUUGGGUUUUCUAUAUGUAAAUCCAAUUUAAUUCAGUUGAUUUCUUACAGUUCUGUCACAAACAUUCAGGCUCCUGUUUCUGCCUGUUUGUUUAUUUGUGUAUUGCUUUGAAUUUUUUUCUGCUGACGUUUGACAUCUUCCUUGGUUGACCCGUAUGUUUUCCUUUUAUAACCUUCACAUUUUGUUUAUACUUGCACCAAAUUUUAGACACAGCUGACUUGCUUCCUUCUUGAAGGAGUUUUAUAAUCCUUUUCAUUGUUUAAUUUGACAACGCUCUUGUUGGCGCCAUGUUUCCUUUCAAUUAGCCAAGUCCAACAGGUCUUUAAGGUCUGUAAGAAUUCUUUUUUAACUGUAGAAUAAUUUGCAUUUUUUAGACCUGUGCCAGUAUUUGUUUUAGAAAUUCUAAUUAAAAGGAGAUUCCAUAAUUUUUUCCUAUACUUGAUCUGGGGGAAAAAUGCCACUAAUUAAAAUAAAUUACAUUUACGGCAUUUGGCUUAUCCAGAGCGACUUACAUUUAUCCCAUUUUUAUACAACUGAGUAGUUGAGGAUUAAGGGCCUUGCUCAAGGGUCCAGAAGUGGCAGCUUGGUUGGAUUUGAACUCAUGACCUUCUGGUCAGUAGUCCAAAGUCUUAACCACUGAUAUUUCAUACAAAUUUACACAUACAUGAAACAAAUUUAAUUUGUUUGAGGUACAUCACGAAGCCAACUCAAAGUUAUUAAACAAAAAUAGUUUUGUGUCAUAUCUGUGAUUUGUUUAUUUGCUACAAAGUAGUAAAAAAAAAAAAAAAAAAGCCAGGUGAGCAUCCUCUAUGUGUGGUGGUUCUGUAAUUUUUGACAGGGGUUGUACACUGUGUCAAAAAAAAAAAAAAAAAGAAUACUUCAGUACAAGUCAAAAAUAACAUUCCUUUUCUAGAAAAGAGUGGCUCUUCUGUUUACACACACUUAUCUAGAUUUAAGAGCUCUUUCUUUAAAAAAUACCUGAUUAGAUUUCACUACACGGUCUCUUCACCUGAAAAGAGAAUGUUGAAAUGUCUCUUCAGGAUGAGUAUUCCCUUCUAUGACCGAGCUCUUUAGAACAUUCCUGAAAACCAUUAGUUGCCUGCAAAUACCUCCAAGAUAAUUAAUUAGUUUUAAUGAGAAAUUACAUACUAUUACAUUUGAAAAUCCUUAAAUCUUGGAAAUUUAUGUCUAUCGCCUGUAUUUCCGAUCCUUACCCCCACCUUCAGCUUAAAAUUCCUAUAAUUCCACAAUGGUUAUGCUACAUUUGAAAACACUACAUAGUUAUUUUGUGUUUGUUAUAUUGUUUGGACGAGACAUUUCGUUUGAUGUUGACUUGCUUUUAUCUAAUUGUGUCUGCUAUUGCUGCUCUACACUGAGCUUUCUCUCACAGAACAUUGAGGAUGGAGGAAUGAAUAGGAAGUAUGGCGAGAGGGAUGGUCAAAGCAGUUUCUUAAAAAUAAAACGAUUCAUCUCUGAGAAUCACUCCAGGGUGUUUUAGGUCAUGGAAGUUCACUUAAGGCAAUGCUAGGCAUCUCUGUGUCUUCCUGAUAUGUUGUGUAUAUGACUUUUUGGAAUAUAUAACCUAUAUGCAUCAUAAAAGAAAAGAUUCAAAUUGCUUUUCAGUAGAAAAUGAAAUUUACACUAGCUGCAUUGCAGUCAUUUGAAUUGCUGCCACUUAAAAACUUACAAUGCCCAUUCACUGAACUUUUCAUGGCCCAAAGUCUUGAAUAAAUAAAAGUGUAGAACUGACUACUCUACACGUUCAUUUAUACAGUUACUUUCAGUAACUCUUUUAUACUGGUCGGGUUCUCAGUUAGUCUGGGGACACCCUGAAGUCCAUCACAGUCCACCUACCAGCAUGUUUUUGGGAGGGGGACAGGAGAACCUGAAGGAAUACAGUGAAGACACUAGGAGAACAUGCAAAACUCUGGGGACUGAAAAGAAAAGGACUGACGAAGGGACCCUGGAGUUGUGAGGCAGCAGUGUCACUGCCCUACACAGUACAUUACAAAUCAGAGGAAACACACAAGCUAAGUAAACAAACCUG